CUGCUAACCCUUGAGGAAAUAUCUAGAAAGGCGGGAUUAGCGGGACUACAGUUCCCAGCAGGCAUUGUGUUUUCCCCAGCGAGGCCCACACGAGAGCGGCGCCAUUUUCUAUUUCAUUGAAUAAAAGAGGUUUGGUGGCGUUGGGAGUUGCUGACCGGUACGCGUUCGGAGCUGUUAUUGAGCAGGUAAUUACCGGUGAUUUGCAAGGAGGGGGAAAAAAAGAAUUUUGUUGCUAUGUCAACUACUCCGGCCCAGAAGCAGUCCCGGGCCAGUGCGGCCCAAACGCCCCUGAGCCCGACUCGGAUCACCCGCAUUCAGGAGAAGGAAGAGCUGAAGAACCUCAAUGACCGCCUGGCAACCUACAUCGACAAAGUGCGCUCGUUGGAGUGCGAGAACAGUGUCCUGCAGCUGAAGAUCUCCGAGAAGGAAGAGGUAACAACCCGGGAGCUGACCGGCAUUAAGAACAUCUACGAGACUGAGUUGGCGGACGCCAGGAGGCUGUUGGAUGAGACGGCCCGGGAAAAGGCAAAGCUGCAGAUUGAGCUGGGCAAGACCAAGACAGAGCUGGAUGAGCUGAACAAAAAUUACAAGAAGAAAGAUAGUGACCUGACAUCAGCUCUUGCUCGGUUGAAAGAUUUUGAACUGACCUAUCACAAAAAUGAGGCAGCACUUAACACUGCUCUUAGUGAAAACCAUCGUAUGGAAGCGGAGAUGGAUGACUUGCGUUCACAACUUGCUAAGGCCGAAAGUUCCCUGGCUGCUGCCAAAAAACAAUUGGAAGGAGAGACACUGAUGCGAGUUGAUCUGGAAAAUCAGUGUCAGAGCCUAAAUGAGGAACUAGCAUUCAGGAAAAAUGUGUUUGAAGAGGAAGUGCGUGAGACUAAGAAGAGACAAGACCGUCGAAUAGUAGAAGUAGAUACUGGACGAAGAAUUGAUUAUGAAUCCAAACUGGCAGAGGCUCUUCAGGAGCUGCGAAAGCAGCAUGAAGAUCAAGUGAAACAGUACAAAGAAGACUUGGAGCAAACUUUCCAAGCCAAGUUGGAAAAUGCUAAGUUAGCAUCCGAUAGAAAUGACAAAGCUAUUGGAACAGCACGGGAAGAGCUGCAGGAGGCCUAUCAUAGGAUCGAGAGUCUCAAUUAUCAACUUGCAGCUCUGCAGAAACAGUCUGCUGCUUCUGAGGCUCGCGUUAGGGAGUUGGAAGACCUGCUUGCAAGUGACCGUGAUAAAUACCGCAAAAUGCUGGAGGCAAAAGACCAGGAAAUGGCUGAGCUGAGGGAUCGCAUGGAAUUGCAGUUGCAAGAAUAUGAGGACCUCCUUGAUGUUAAACUCGCCCUUGACAUGGAAAUUCAAGCCUAUCGCAAGCUCUUGGAAGGUGAAGAAGAGAGGUUGAAACUUUCUCCAAGUCCCUCCUCCAAGGUGACAGUGUCCCGUGCUACUUCUAGCAGUGCUGUUCACACAUCUCGUGCCAAACGAAAGCGGGUAGAAAUGGAAGAGCCCAGAGAAAGCAGUCAUAUAAAACAAACACACUCAAGCAGUGGCUCAAUCAGUAUUGAGCCAAUUGAUCUUGAGGGGAAGUUUGUUUGUCUCAGCAAUAAUUCUGAGAAGGAUCAGCCACUUGGGGGAUGGAGACUGAAAAGGCAAAUUGGAGAUGGGGAGGAAAUAGUCUACAAGUUCACUCCCAAAUACACCCUGAAGGCUGGACAGAAAGUUAAAAUUUGGAGUGCAGAUGCUGGUAAAGCACACAGCCCUCCUACUGACCUUCUGUGGAAGAGUCAGAGUUGGGGCACUGGGGAUGAGAUCAAGACUGUCCUCGUCAACUCUGAUGGAGAGGAAGUUGCGGUGAGAACUCUCCAAAAAACUUACCUUGAAGAUGUGGAAGAGGAGCCUGAGUAUGGAGAAGAAGACCUUUUCCAUCAACAGGGUGACCCAAGGACCACAUCUCGUCAAUGUGCAGUCAUGUGAUCAUCAAAAAUGUACCUUUUUUCCCAGAAGAGGGAUUUUUAAUCCUGAGUUACUUUGUCCAGAGCCACUGAGAAAUAUUUUUGUACACAAUAUUUUCUUUAAACAUUUGAGACCAUUCAGUUUUAGUAUUUUAAUCCAUGUUUUAUUUUGUAAAACCUGAGUUCUGAAGGGGUUUUUAUAGAUCACUUAACACCUCAAAGUGGUGGUCAUGGGACAUUAUCAAUUUUACAUGGGCUGGGAGGGAGAAGAAAAACAAUUUAGCCAAAUGGCUUCAGUCUAUAUUUAUCAUGUAUAGAUUGAGAUUUGGGUUCAGUACAUCUAGGGCUUAGCCGUAGCACUGCAUCGCGGCCUGUGUUAAUCAGAAUUUGGUUAUUCUGCAGUUUUUCAAACCCAAAGGGUUGUUGUAAAAACUCCACCAAAUUGGUGUUAACCUCAUACCCAAACAAAAUUAGUAUUGUUAGUGGUAUGAAACUCCUUCAUAGCUGCAGAUGGAGUAUUCUGAACUCCAAUGCAGAAGUCUCAGGUGUUUUGGAGAAAUGGGCUAUAAAGAUUUUUACUUUGAUCCUGCCCAAAAAUACUGUGUUUGGCUAUUCUGUACAAAAACUGCUGCAUGUGAUUGUAAGAAUUUGUAUAAUUGAAAGGAGGCUAACCUUUUUGGGCUUUGCAUUCACAGAUCUGGCAAUGGGAGACAAAUUACUUUUAAUUGGAUGAAUUAUGCAAUCAUGUGCAUUUAUUGAAUGGAAAUGUAAAUAUCACAUGAAAAACAGCAGAAUACACCAAGCUUUUUAAGUUUUUCAAGCAUCAGUGCUGCAUGUAAUCAUUUAUGUUCUCAUAUUAAACUUUGUAUUUAGUGUCAAAUUUCCAUUAUUUAAGUUAGUACCUGAUAAUUUGGAUGCCUACUUGCUAAUGCUAUUGAGUAUAUUUACGGCUGGUGUAUUAAUAUUUUGGAUGGUGGCUUAUGGAAGUUUGUUUUUUUUUCUUUGCUGAUGGCUGGUUGGUUAGUAUUUAACUGAUAGUGAUUUGUAGUAGUAGUGUGCUUGUUUUAGAGGCUAGUUAGAUUGACUCUCAAAUAAGUAACCAGAAUUUGGGGGUGGGGGUGGGGGAAGGAAUGUUUCACAGCACUGGGACAAAUUAAAUUUUAACUUGAGGACAGUUUACACAGAAAUUGCAGUAGCUGCCUUAAUUUGCUGAGAUUUUAUUUCAGUUUUAAUUGUUUGGCAUCAAGUAAACAAUUGUAAGAUUCUAUAAAAAUGAGGUUUUCAUAAAAUAGUACAUUUCAUUUAAACUAGAGAAGUUUAUUCCUUCAUAACUGAGGUUUUCAGAAAACAUUGUUACUUGGAAAUCUCAAGCAAUAAAACUGCAGUAAAAAGAUCUGCAGCCAACUCUUGAAUAUUCACUCCUGUAUUACUGUUUUAAAUUUGUUUUUUUGAGGGGGGAGCAGUUUUUUAAAAAUCAUGUUGCUUAUAUUACCCACCCCAACUCCUGUGAUUUUGUGUAUCAUAUAUAUGGUUAAAUAUAUAAUUUUAUGCUUGUAUCACUUAUAAACUUUUAAAAUUGUUUCUCAGAUGACUUUUUAAGUGGACUGAACACCUAUUAAUGAGGAAUGUUGAGAUUGAAUGAUGGAAUUCCUUUUGAAUCCAUAAGGUUUAUUUGAUCAAGUUUCCUAAAUAUAGUGAAUUAGAAUUAUGUAAUGUGAAAUUGUCCUCCAUUAGAAGUUGGUGAGCAUUUUUAUAGCCUGGGAAAUGAUGUUUAAAAAUAUACUUUUGCUUUUAUAUUAAACUUAAUUGAAUUAUAAUGGAUGGUCUUAAAAAUCGUGCACAUUGACUGUUUCUUAAAUGAUCAAUUUACUGGUUAAAAUCAUGAUAUGCAUUGCUGUGAUUAUUUUCCUUUUAAUUUUUUUAAAAGGUUGCAUUGCAAGGUUUCUGGUGUUUCCCUUGUAAAAUCAAACACUUUCCACUGAUUAAAAAGAAACCCACAAAGCAGAUGUGAAAUUCAGUUUCUUAUUUGAGAAUUUUCAUUAAAACAUAAACCAAGAUGGCAGAUCUGUGCUCUCUUCCACUGCCUUGUACCUUGUGCACUCUAUACAAAUGUUUCGAAUAGCCUAUUAACCUAUAAUCAAACUAAGGUCAAUGACUUUCAUAAGAAAGCUUCAGAAUAACAAGGGAAUUGAGAUUCUCAAGGUACAGAUUUGCCACUUCUCAAAAUUUAAAACUUUACUAUGUUACUAGUCCUUAUUCAGAGGGGGCAGAAUGGCAUAAUUCAUCUGAAUAAUGAAUGUGAAUUUUUGAGCAGUGGAAUAAAACAAUGUGAACAGCCAUUUGUCUGUCAUUUUCACUUGAAGUAAAUGCACCAUGAUCAGAUUAUAUGUAGCUGGUGGUACAAUAAUUUGUUGAGUUAGUUUGAUUUGUAGAUUUGUCAUACUACUGCAUCACCAAUGACAUUAGGACCUGAUGAUGUUUCUGGAAAUGGGCAUUAAUGUAUGAACUACUUUCAGUGAGGUGUAACAAAGAAAAUACAACUGUACUAAACAUAAAAUCCAUAGAAUUAUGAUCCUGCUUUAAAUAUCAGAACAAAGUGAAUUUCAACUUGCCCAUAUAGCACAAGUAUUUUGAUUGUCCAUUUUGAAAAAAGUAACUUAAAUUUGCAUUUGAUUCCUAUAUUGAGUUGAGAAUGUAAACUAUCUUGAUACACCAAUAAGCUAGACACUAUCACUGAUGUGUUUUGCUGUAAGGAGAUGACAUGCCAAAAAGCAAAAGUUCUGUAAUUUGUAAACAUUUUAUAACUGGAAAUUUUAUGAACAUUCAAUAAAUAUGGUUUUACAUAUUAAA